UGGUUCGGGUGAUGUCAUUCAUCUGCUUUCUUCUGUUGCAGAAAGCGUUCGAUCUUUGCUAUUGGAUUGGGAUAUAUCUCGGAUAUGAUGAUGCACUGAACUCCAAGCAUUCUGAAAGUCGAAGAAUGGCUUCUCUUGCAGAGCUCGUGGGGUUCCAUCCAAUGCUGUUGUGAUGCGAGAAGACUAUCAAAAAAGAUAUUCUUGGCCACCUCUUUUGCUGCCAGCAGAGUGCCAUAAAAAGUGAAUCAACCAUUCUGAGUCAGAGUACUGUACCGUACCGGUAGCACCAAAGAAGACAGCCAUCAAGAGCUGAAGCAAUGAUGAUGUCCUAUCAAAGAACAAGUCCUCCUCGUGGUCCCUUAAUAAGGCUAUUCCUAUUGGGGUUGUUUCUCAGUGCUGCCACUAUUGUUAUUGAUCAUCCGAUCAUUCCAGUAGUAUCGGCAUUGCAGGUUCAUCAUCAUCCACUGAGUCCUCCACGAACGACGGCGACGACGAGAGCACGAAACCGUUUCUAUUCCAGGAGAAGUGGGUCUCUUCUUUUGGCUUCUGCCAAUGACAAUGACGACACUACGAAUGAGCAUCCCAGCCAUGAUGACUCUUCUUUGAGUAGUAGUACCGGUCGCCGUGGAUUCUUGGCCACCACAUCGGCCGCACUACUGACGGGUCUCUCGGUCAAUGUCCAACCAGCCCAUGCUGGUCUAAUGCAAUUCCCGUGUAUUCGACCACUCAAGAAUCGCUAUCAUUUCAUGCGGGCCGGUCCCAGUGAAUUGGAAGUCAAUGGUGUGUACAGUACCAAUUCGCUCUUUAUUACCAAUCGCGACAAUGCCUUGGCGGAUACGCCCGCCGCACGACGCAUUGUAUUGGACGCGUGUGAAGUCAUCAAGGCAUCUCCCAAUUUCCCCACGGUCGCCUACCAUAGUUUGGCCGCCAAUGGUAUGGAUACGGCCGAUAUGAUGGCCACGGAACUCCGUAUUAGUCGCGAUCGAUUGUUGCCCGAAUUUACGUAUUUGGAUCAACGGGGGAUUGGACUCUGGGACAGUGGGGCCAUGGAUACCGUCAAACCAGCCAUUGUCGCAUUGGACUAUUUGGAAGCGGGAAAGGAAGGACAAGGAGGACGACCACCCGCGAACGAGGAUGGGACCGCCAAUGAAGCACUGGGAGAUCAGUUUGUCCGAUUGCGACAAUUUCUGUCGUUGCAAGAAUCGAGAACCAGUGGAGAAAAUAUUCUCAUUAUAUUUCCCGAUGGCACUGGACCAGCAUUGCUCAGUGCCAUGAUUGCCGGUAUUCCACUCAAUGAAUGUCAUUGUUUGGACUAUGCACCCGGUGAAGUGCGGUUGGAAAUCAAUCGUGACACCGUAUUGGAACAGUACGCCCAGAGAAAGGACGAUCCAAAAUACUUGGCCAUGAUUGAAGACGGAAAGGUACAAUUGGCCAAAUUACGGCAGGGACAAGUGGCCAAUGUCAAGGAAGAAUUGCAAGAAGAACAACGCCGCGAAAUUGACAAUGCGUUUGCCGAACAACGAAAGGCGCAACGAGAAAAGGAACAGAUUAGCGAGGCCAAGCGGGAACAGGAAAAACUCGAGCGAGAUGCCAAAGAACAAAUGCGCCGACAAGAAGAAAAAACAAAAACAUUGGCGCGAGAACAGGCCGCACGAGAACGAAAGGAACAGGCCGAAGCGGCCGAACGGGCUAAACGAGAACAAAUGGCGGCAGCUGCCGCGGCCAAACAGGAAGCUGCCGCGGCUGCGUAUGCGGCCAAGAAAAGUGGUGCAGUCGCAGACAGUAGUGGUGACAGCGACAAUGGCGGACUUGUACUGGGAGCCGCGGGCAUUGUCGGAUUGGCAGGUGCGGCUUUCGUGGCAAUCGGUGGGGGAGAUGAUACGGCAGCGGUGCCGGCACCGAAAGAUCCGGAACCUAGCCCCUCGUCAUCUGCCAGUGCCGUUGCCGAGGAAGCAGUUGCAGAGAUCGUAGUCAACAACAACAAUGCGACAACAACGCUUACUCCGGAACAACAAGAAGUGGAUGUCGUCGACGAAGUAGAAGCCAUUGCCGAACUGGAUGAAA